AAAUUGUAAAUUGUUGUAUCAGUUGCGCCUCAUAAUGCUGGACGUCAAUCUUUUCCGAGAAGGGAAGGGAGGCAAUCCGGACCUCAUCAGGGAAUCACAGCGACGCCGAUUCGCCGAUGUUACCUUGGUUGAUAAGAUCAUAGAUCUGGACAAGCAAUGGCGUGAUGCUGUGUACAAUAUGGAGCGCUUGAAGACAGAAUUCAAUGCUCUCAACAAGGCGAUCGGGGUGAAGCGCAAGGCAAAGGAGGACACAGCAGAGCUGCAGGAGAAGAGCAAGGGGCUGAAAGCAGACAUUGUGGCGGCAGAGGAGAAUGUGAAAGCAGCAGAGAAGACCCGGGACAAGACCAUCAUGCUCAUAGGCAACCUCGUGCCCGACUCUGUGCCAGUCAGCAAUGACGAGGUGGACAAUGUGGUGGUGAAGACAUAUGGCGAGCCAAGGGAGGAGGAUGGUCUGCGGAAUCAUGUGGACCUGGUGCAGAUGCUGGACAUUGUUGACCUGGAGGCAGGCACCAUGGUUGCAGGUGGGCGCGGCUUCUACCUGAAGAAUGAGGGCGUGCUGCUGAACCAGGCAAUCAUACAGGCAGCCCUGCACCAUGGCUAUGCUCGAAAGUGUCAGCCAGUGAUGACUCCCUUCUUCAUGCGUCAAGACAUCAUGGCAGAGUGCGCUCAGCUAGAGCAAUUCGAUGAGGAACUCUAUAAGGUCACUGGGGAGGGAGAUGACAAGUACCUGAUUGCCACAUCAGAGCAGCCGCUGUGCGCAAUGCACAGGAAGCUGUGGUUUGAGGAAAGCCAACUGCCCCUGAAGUAUAUAGGCUACUCCACAUGCUUCCGCAAAGAGGCCGGCAGCCAUGGGCGGGACACUCUUGGCAUUUUCAGAAUACACCAGUUUGAGAAAGUCGAGCAGUUCUUCGUGACCUCGCCUGACAAUGAUGCGUCAUGGGCCGCCUUGGAAGAGAUGCUCACCAAUGCAGAGGACUUCUAUCAAGCGCUGGAAGUCCCCUACCACGUGGUGAACAUCGUCAGCGGGGAGCUGAACAAUGCGGCAGCAAAGAAGUACGACCUUGAAGCAUGGUUUCCAGCCUCGAAGAAGUAUCGGGAGCUGGUGUCCUGCUCAAACUGCACAGACUACCAGGCACGGCGAUUGGAGGUGCGCAUGCGGACGCCCAAAGUGCCAGGCAGCGAUCUGAACCGCAAGGAGUAUGUGCACAUGCUCAACUGCACGCUGUCUGCAACUGAGCGCACCCUGUGCUGUCUACUGGAAAACUACCAGACUCCCGAUGGCGUGAGGGUGCCCAAGGUUCUGCAGAAAUUCAUGCCGGGAGAACUGGACUUCAUCCCAUUCAGGAAGACAUUUGACGCCAAGGGCAAGCUGGUGCCAAAGUAGCGGAAGCUGCGAGCUUGAUUCCUUUUUGUUGCAUGCUAGUGUACGUGGCUUUUGAUAAUGUUUGUGUAACACGUCUGGGCAGUUCUGCUGAGCGAGCUUCAUCUGUAUGCGCUGUGAGGCUGCGUUUGUAAUGAUACAAGG